UUUGACGUCGAUUCCGUUUCGUGUCUUCUCUUCUCUUCAAAACAAAAAUUUGAAAGAGUGAUUGUGACCCAGAGAGAGAGAGAGAGAGAGAAACGUUUCUCAUCUUCAAUCAAUCUUGUUUGACCUCUCUGUUUUCAAAUUUAUCAUCUGCUCUGUUUUCGUUUUCAGAAAAGUCAGAGAGAAUCCAAUUGUGUAUCCUUCUCCCAAAGUUUCUUUUUCCGCAGAUGGGAUCUGCAACCAAUCUUUAAAGAUCUUUACUUCCAUUAAAAAAAAGGAGUUGCAGGUCGUUGAAAGAGAUGGAGUCUAAGGAGAUUAGAUCCUCUGUUUUCGCCAAAACGGUGCGUUUCAAUGGGGUAUCUCAACCUCUGCAUCACGUAAAGGCGAGAUCUUUUGAUUUUGGUUUCAAGGUGGUUCCAACGAAGGAGCUGUGUCGAGUUUAUCUACGCAAAACAGAGUUGUUAGCCUCCAAGGGUAUCAUUGAUUCACGAGCUAAGCCUCCUCACUCUCAGAACUACGUUGAGAAGCCAAAACAGAGGAGAUUUGGUGGGAGAUUUGAUCUACAAAACUUCAACUUGAAGUCGAAGAAGCUGAGACAACACACAAAUGCUGAGAAGAAAGAGAGUUCUCCGAGACGUUUCUCUCCUCUUGGUUUCGGUAGUGACUCUCAGUUGCGAGAUAGUAGAAGGAAAGGUCAAUACAUUGUCACCCCUGAGAAGAAGAAACCAAAUGAAAUGAGUAAAAUUUGUAAUGUCACUACUACUACUACAUUGGUUCAGAAGAAGGAUGGAGCUGUGACUGUGAGAGAAGCUGGUUCUAAGUUGAUUGUUAGUACCUCUAGGAGGGACUCAGUGUUGAGUUUGGAGCGGAACAGAUUCGCACAAGAUGUCAAGUUCAGACAUGCAUCUCCUCCAGGUUCCAUUAGCAAGGAUGAAAGUGAGGAUUCAUCAGACUGCUCCAUUUCAUCUUCUCCUGGAUGUCAGACGGAAGAAGCUCAUCAACCUAGUCCUGUUUCUGUUCUUGAGCCUAUUUUCAACGACGAUAUGUUAGAGGACGACAGUGAAGAGCUUCCUUAUCUUGAUCUUCGUGGUAUAGAGAAGCAGCUUGACGACCUGAAAACUGAAUCAGAUAGUUAUUCAGAUGGGAGUGGGAUGGAAGUAUCAAGCGAUGAUGAGGAGUCUGUGAUUGCUUCUGAAACCGAGGACAGUGAACAAGUCAGGCUCUUGGAUACUCAAGAAAGGAGAGAGUCUUCUUACAUUGAUGAUAUCUUGUCUGAAGUUUCACUUAUGGACAGGAACUGGGUUCCUGACACUCUUACCUUCAAGGUCUUCGAGAAGAUGGAGAAAAAGUAUUACAUUGAGACAUCAUGGAAGAGGUCCGAAAGAAGGAUUCUGUUUGACAGAGUCAGUUCAGCUCUGGUAGAGAUUCUAGAAUCUUUUACAGCUACACCAACCUGGAAGAAACCUCUCUCAAGGAGGCUUGGCGUUGGACUAAGCACAUGUGGACUGAAACAAGAACUAUGCAAAGUACUUGCCAAGCAAGAGAAGCGAGCCAAGAAGGAAUCAUUCAACAAAGUGGCGGUAAUAGACCUUGAUGAGUGGUUCAAACUUGAAGAUGAUGAUGAUGAGUCAGUGGUUUGUGAGUUAGAAAGUAUGAUAGUUGAUGAGUUGUUGCUUGAAGUCUUCAUGUAGAGUUACAAAGUGAUUCUUUUCAUUCUUUUUUUUUUUUUUGCAUUCUCUGUAUUUUGAUUGAGAAUAGUGAGAGAGUAGUAGUUGUUGCAUUAUCAAAGGGAGAUGUGCAUACAAAUUGUUUUUGUUGUCAGGUCUAGGAUUGGCCUCUUAGAAUGUCAGUCACAUUGCUAUAAAAGUUAAUGUGACCUUUGUACCCAUUUGUCAAAGUGUGAAUGAAACAAGAUUUUU